GACACCGGCGCCACGAAGGGGACGAAGAACCUGGUGAUGCCGGGCAGGCACCGAAACAUCGGCGGGCGCGAGGCGAGUGGCGCGUCGCAGCUGAAGUUCCAGGGCGCCACCUCCUGCAGCACCAUGGGCUGCGAGGGGAACCCCGCCCGGCACGCCAUCGACGGCUUCGUGAACACCGUCGCGGGCGUCAACCAGCUGAACACGUGGACGGGGGACCUCGGCAAGGUGAUGCAGGUCGCGCGCGUGGAGGUCACUUUCGAAUCCUGCCUCUGCGAGAAGAAGGACUCGAUGUUCCUCGAGGCGUCGUCCGACGGCGUCACCUGGAGGAACUACGGCUCGGUCAGCGACGUGACGCUGUGGGAGGGAAACAGGGCCGUGGCCUUCGAGCGCCCGCUGAACGCGCGGUACCUCCGCCUGCGCCCCGCCCUCGGGACAUGCGCAGCAGCGCAUGGCAGCGCCUGGGUGCCCAAAGCCCCCCGCCCUCGUACAGCUCCAAGCCCCGCCGCAACGACCAGUGGUUCUCGAUCCGAGAGGUGGAGGCGUUCGGCAGCAGCCAGCUCCUCGAGGAGGCCCCGGAGAAGCCGCUCUCGCCGCGCGAGCGCCGGCAGCAGAAGAAGAACA